AUGCAAUUAGCCGAUCAACAGAGCCAUUGCGACGCAAUUUCUUUCCUCAACCGGAGUAGAGGAUGGGACAAGCGUUCGCGUGGCCCAAAUGACUAUCAAAACGUCCAAUCGCUUUCAAAGGUUAGGUUAGCUGCUGGUCAGCGCUAUGUUUUGCCUCGACCGAAUCUUUUCUUGAGUCGCCGGCACGGUUCAAGUACUUUCGGCAUGCUGCUUCCUAGAAGCUACCUCUUUCCUUGGUAUAUACCAACCUGA